AUGAAUCCGCAAACAGUCUUGGCUGCGGCAUUGCCGCAAUGUCUGUUGGGCGAGUCGCUUAGACGGCCGCUCUACGACCCGCACGAAAACUACAUCAACCCGUGUACUUUGGCGUGGGCCGUUCUUUUGGUGCAAGGAGCAGUGGCGGUGUGGGCGUUUUUGCAGGCCACCCAUCUUCUUUUGUGGAACAGCUACGGGCCGUACCGCAUCAAAUAUUCCUUCGGGUCGGUGCGCAGCGCGCGCUCCGUGGGCGCGUUUUUCUACUUGCGCGCCGUGCUGUGCGGCGUGUACUGCGCGUUGAUUGCCAUUUUGGCCGCCGCGCGCGCCUUAUCGCCCGAGCACCUGGGCGCCGUUGCCGGCGUUUUCGGCGCGGCCUUGGCGGUGCUGUUUUUCGGCGCAGCCCUUGUCAUUUUGCCCCUUGUCGUUGUCGAAGUGACCCGCUCGCCCGUGGGCCACGCGUCCGUCAUUGUGUUUUGGCUCACCUCGUUUGUGGUGUGGACUGUUGUGUUUGCGCUGGACUCGCUUUCGCCCCACAAGACGUUUCUUGCUGCGGGCGCCCACGGCCACGCCAUUUCGCGCGCGGCCGAGUCUCUUUUGCCCGUCUCGGCCAUUUUGGCUUAUCUUUUGGAAGUGUACUUCUACCGUCCUUCCGUCGAGCUUUCUGAGUACUUUGACUUGAACGGAUGGGACAUAUCCACUGUCCGCAAUCUUGUCUCCUCGAUUACCUUCACGUGGCUCGAGCCAACCAUGCGGGCCGUCUACAAGACCCACACUAUUGAUGUGACCGAUGUGCCUCAGCCUUUGAUCGAAUUGAAGUGUGAAGUGACUAUUCUGGACUUCCGCAAGGGCUGGGAGAAGGAGGUCAAGCGGGUGGAGAAGAAGAACGCCGCCAAAGAAAAGAAAAUCGCUGCUUCCAACGGCGACAAGAAACAGCCAAAGCUUUCACGGCCCGUCAUGUUUUUUGUCUUGUUCCGCACCCACUACAAGAUGCUUUUCAGAGGUAUGCUUGGCGAGUUCAUCGACAUGUCGUGUCUUACGCUCAUGCCAUUUUUACUUCAGAAGUUCAUUCUCUACUUUGCUGCUGUGACCUACGGUGAAGGCCCUCCACCGCCCUUGAUCCAAGGUCUUGCCAUCGCCUUGGCCAUUUACGCUGCCUCUGUCGUGCGCUACGUCUCCUUCAACCAGUACUUUAUCUGUUUCUUCUUCUGCUCAUACAGCAUUCUGUCGUCCUUAACGGCAUUGUGUUACGAAAAGGCCAUGCGCUUGUCGCCCGAGGCCCGCAAAAAGAAGCUGUGUGGUGACAUUGUCAAUCUUGUCUCUGCCGAUAUCACCGAGGUGUCCUACAGUGUGGAAACCAUGUCGGAUGCUGUGACGAUCCCACUUCGUUUGAUCUUGUGUCUUGGUGCCAUCUACAAGCUCUUGGGCUCGGCAAUGUUUGCUGGUUUGGGCACGGCUCUUGUUUUGGUCCCUCUCAGUUCUGCCGUCUCGAAAGCGAUUUAUUCGCUCUACACUACCCAAAUGACGUACAAGGACGAGCGGAUCCGCUUGACCAGUGAGAUCCUCAAUGCCAUCAAAAGCAUUAAGCUUUAUCUGUGGGAAAGGCCCAUGCUUGCUCGUUUGCACGAAAUCAGAAACAAAAAGGAGUUGGUCAAUGGAAGAAAUAUGGGAUUGUACAAUGCUGGUGCUUCGUUCUUGUGGAAUUGUGUCCCUUUUGCCGUUUCGUGCGCUGUCUACAGUGUUUACGCUACAGUCAGCAAGAAAGAUGUUGUUCCUUCUGUCAUUUUCCCCGCCUUGUCCUUGUUUGACCUUUUGGCUCAGCCACUUUUGAUGUUGCCUGCUGUUUUCUCCAACUUUGCUGAAGCAACGGUCAGUAUGCACAGAUUGGGCGAGUUUUUCUCCAUGCCUGAACGUGAUGAAAGCAUCAUCCAACGCACCUCGAAAACUAUUGCUAAGGGUGAAGAAAGCAUUAAAGUUAAUGAUGCUACUUUUGUCUUUACCACCGGCGACGAAACUCCUGCUUUGAAGAACAUCAACUUCUCGGCACGCAAGGGAAACUUAACUUGUGUAGUUGGUAAAGUUGGCGCAGGAAAGACAACUCUUAUGAAAGCACUCAUUGGCGAAAUCUCUCUCGUCAAAGAUGGAAAAGGUUCGGUCCACGUGAAUGGUUCAGUGGCUUACUGUGCUCAAAAUGCCUGGAUCAUGAACAGUUCAGUCCGUGAGAAUAUUUUAUUCGGAAAGCGCUACGACAAACAAUUCUACGAGAAAACCGUUGAGGCUUGUCAGUUAGUGAGCGACUUUGAAUCCUUGCCUGAUGGAGAUGCAACUCUCGUGGGUGAAAAGGGAAUUUCUCUUUCUGGUGGCCAAAAGGCCCGUCUUUCUUUGGCCCGUGCUGUUUACUCCAGAGCAGACAUUUACCUUUUGGACGAUGUUUUAUCCGCAGUGGACUCACACGUGGGCAAAAAGAUCACCAAUGCCGUUUUGAGUUCCAAUGGCUUGCUUGCAUCCAAGACCAUUGUGCUUGCCACCAAUUCUAUUCGUGUUUUGCGUAUUUCAAAUGAAACCGUCUUUUUGCGCAAAGGUGAAAUCGUGGAACGCGGCACCUUUGAUGAGCUCAUGAAAAAGAAGGGUGAAGUCUAUCUGUUGGUGUCUGAAUUCUCUAAUGAAGAGGCCGAGGAAGAACAAACCCCUGACACACAAAAGACUGAAACUGAAGCGCCUGAAUCCAACCCACAGUCUGUUUCAGAAGAUCAGCUUUCAGCGCAAGUUUCCCCCAAGCCUUUUGAACCAGGAAUGCCUGAAGUAGAAGAUUUGGGUGGUUAUCAACUUGCUAAAGUGGACACCAACCACACUGUGGGCCAGGCUAGUGCAGUUUCGUUCGACCAUGUUUACAAGUUUGAUGAUGACGACGGAAAAGUCAAAACUACGGAGUUGGUCAAGGAAGUUAAAGAAAAGGGCCAUGUCAAAUGGGCUGUCUUUGCAGAAUAUUUGAAGGCGUGCAACUGGAUAUAUGUUAUUGUGUGGUUAGUGAUAUACUGGGCUGUGAUUGGUCUGGAGAUCGGAGGAAACGUCAUUUUGAAACACUGGUCCGAGAAAAAUCUUAAGGUGGGACACAAUGUGGAUCUGGGAUUCUACUUGAUGCUUUACGCCUUUACUGGUAUUGCGUCUGGUCUUCUUACCUUCGUGGGUGCCUAUAUCAUCCUUACAUUCAGUUCUUUGGCUGCUUCGAAGCAUUUCCAUGAUCGUAUGGCGAAGAGUGUGUUGAGAGCACCUAUGUCUUUCUUUGACACUACACCAAUGGGACGUAUUUUGAACAGAUUUUCCGAUGAUGUUGCUGUUUUGGAUCAGCAAUAUAUGUGGACGUUGAUGCUGCUUUGCCAGAUCAGUGUUUCAACCAUCGCUAAACUUUCCAUUGUUAUUUACAACUUGCCAUUCAUGAUUUUGGUUAUAGGUGUGCUUUUCUUCCUUUACAACUAUUUCAGAAACCAGUAUAUUCCAACCUCAAGAGAAUUCAAGAGACUCAAAUCUGCCUUGAGAAGCCCGGUGUUUUCUCAUCUCCAAGAAUCCAUCAAUGGUGUUGAGUCUUUGAGAGCCUAUGGAGAGGUCGAGCGAUUCAUCCAUUCCAACAGGGUGAAGGUGGAUAAUGUCAUUAAAGUGGAAUUUGCUGCUCAGUGUGCCAAUAGAUGGCUUUCGAUGAGAUUGCAGUCUAUCGCUGCCAUUGUUGUGCUUUCGUCUACCUUGAUGAUUUUGUUGUCCAUUUACCUCGGCAAGAAACUCAAUCCAGCAUUGGUGGGUUUCCUUAUGACUUACGUCUUCAGUUCCACCAGUUCCUUGAAUGCCAUUAUUAGAAUGUGGGCAGACACCGAAACUAAGGCUGUGAACAUUGAAAGAUUGAUUGAGUAUGGAAACUUGACGCCAGAAGCCGAGCCCAUUAUCGAGGGCCACAGACCUGCUUCCACUUGGCCAAGUUCUGGCGCCAUCAACUUUGUGGAUUACUCCACACGGUACAGAGAGGGAUUGGACCCAGUAUUGAAGCACAUUAAUCUCGAUAUAAAGCCAUCAGAAAAGAUUGGUAUUGUCGGGAGAACAGGAGCGGGAAAAAGUUCUCUUACUUUGGCAUUGUUCCGUAUUGUGGAGCCUACUACAGGUCAUAUUACUAUCGAUCAACUUAACACAAGUACUAUUGGGCUUUUCGACUUGAGAAGCCAACUUAACAUCAUUCCGCAGGAUGCAUGUGCUUUCGAAGGAACGAUUAGAGAAAACUUGGAUCCUUUCAACCAGUACACUGAUGAACAGUUAUGGAAGGUGCUUGAAAUGGCGCAUUUGAAAGAACAUGUCGAGUCUAUGAAGACAGAUGUCAAGGAAGACGAAGAGGACAGCAACAAGACGAAGAAGAAGGAGCCAGAAGUGCCUCAAGUUGGACUUCAUGCUAAGGUUCUUGAAGGUGGAUCUAACCUUUCUGGUGGUCAAAGACAAUUGCUUUGUUUGGCCAGAGCUUUGUUGAAAACAUCAAAGGUUUUGGUUUUGGACGAGGCCACUGCGUCGGUCGAUGUGCAAACCGACAAGAUUAUCCAAGAAACAAUUCGUUCCGAGUUCAAGGAUAAGACAAUUUUGACAAUUGCCCAUAGAUUGGACACGAUCAUGGACAGUGAUAGAGUGCUUGUUUUAGAAAAGGGUCAAGUCAAAGAAUUUGACACACCCGAAACACUUCUCAAAAACAAAGAGAGUGAGUUUUACUCCUUAUGUAAAGAAGGAGGAUAUAUUGACGUUCAAUAA